GAAUCUGAUAUUGAGUCGAAAAGAUAAAACUGAUAAGAAAGAUAAGGAGGCACCUGACUCUAAAGUGAAGAGGAAAAAAAAUAAGUCAAAAAAAGAUAAACCUGAGCCUUCAGGAAAUCCAAGUGUUCUCAGUUUAGCUGCAGACAAAUUGUUGGCUAUAAUGGCUGUUGAUCCAGGUUCAAUUGAUAGCAAACCUCUACCAUGGGUAUGCCAGUAUAUAGCAUGGAUUCUAAUUGGACUUGUUGGUGGAGGAAGCUGUGCAGGAGCCGUAUUUUAUGGUUAAUAUCAUUUUCAUGUGGAUUGCUUGAAAGCAUAUUUAUUAUCGAGACAAUAAAAACCGUUUUACUGGCUUAUCUUGAUGUAGUUCUUAACGCACAGAUGGAUUUAUCAGAUUGGAUACCCCCACUAAGAGCGGAAGUUUCUCUCAAAGAACAUGAGUUUCCACAAGAACGGUUGAGAGAAAUUGUGGCAGAGCGAAAACAGCUUCAAAUCUACAAAGGUCCAGUUUCGAGAGAUGACAUGUCAUGAAUAUCAGGUUGUUGCCUAACUGCAGAUUUAUCAGUCUUUAAUCAGAUAUUCAUGUCAAAGAAACAUAUUUUAUAAAGGCAAGAUCUAUACGCAGCACACAAGUAAAAUUAGGACGGAACAGCGGGAUUAAACUAUAUUAUAGAUACAUAGCAGGAACCAGUUUCAUGCAGCGCCUGUAGUGUUUUAUAACAGGACGAAUACAAUGUGCUACUGUACAUACAGUAUUUGAGUCUGGACAAGACCGAUAGAGUAUAGUUUUAGGUAACAAAUGAAAAUUUCGCCGCUGCCAGGGUUUAGAAACGUGUCGAAUAUUGUGUGUCUUGACUGAAAAACGAACCUCCAAUAACUUCUGCAGUACGCGAAAGUUAUUGUCUCACUCCAAUAAUAGUGUGGUAAAUUGAUUUCGCAACAGUAGCAGUGAUAUCAGAAUGCCCAAUUUUUUUUAAGUCCAAGCGAGCGAAGAAUCGAACUUGGAGGAAAUUGUAAAUUAGGUACUGAAAUUUGAGCAGUCAUGUAACAUUUAUGGUUUGAGAAUAUUUAUUUUUUGCUGUUUAAAUAAUAUGGAUACUAGGCACGGUUUUUAGAGAUUUUUUCAACCAUUACGACUAAAAGUUAGGCAGGCUGUAGAUCUGAAUUUCCGUAUAUUUCGAACAAAUCUCAAAUAAAUGAUGAAAAUUUACUCCGGAUACAAUUACAAAAUCAAAUUAACAAAUUGAAUGGAACAUAAAAAAUACAAGAUUUUGUGGCGAUUUCAUUAAAAAUGCGACAACGGUGCCGAGCUUAUUGGCAGCGGUAGAAUGUUUCGUAUGCGUGUAUGCAGUUAUUUGCAUAUUUAUUCAGUACUCAUUCUUUUUCGUGUAUAACCUUAUUACUAAUCAGUCGAUCGCGAGCUAUUUUGAAGAUUUUAGUCGAUCGCGGUCAAAAGCAGGU